UCCAGGAGCAGCGCAGUCUGAGCGUGGUUCCCACGCCGAGCCCGCUAGCCCGCUAGCUGCUGUCGGAACACCUGUCUGGUGCUUCCAGAGGCUUUAAUGAAGUAUAAACUUCACCCAGCAGCGACUCAGGUGACCAAGGGGCUGCGGACUCCAGCAGCUCUGCAGCUCUUCCCCUCAGGUGGGCUGAGCUUUAUCCACCAGCUGCACUAACGUGGGCUCCCUGGCUGGUUUUUCUGACCACGUAUUGAUGCCAGGACCAUGAAGGUGACCAAGCCCACGCAGGCCAGGAGCAGAUCCCAGAAGUGGAAGGACGUGAGGGCGCAGCGAUGCCGGCCGCCCGGCAAGCCCGCCGAGCUGGGCUCCAGUCCCGCCCUGCUCAGGGUGGCCAUGGAGCACCAGGCGUCCGCCAAGAAAAAACCCGCCGUCAAGAGGCUGAAGAGCAAAGCAAAAACUGUUUCUGAGCGCAAAAUGAUUUCUACUGAAUCUGGAUCGAAGAAAUCCCGCGCCCAGACUAACGGGGGCUCCGUAUUUCCCCUGGACGACGUCACGGAGGACCUGCAGGACCUGAAGGAGUGUUCCCGGGCCCUCAACGGGAACAACGGGCUGCAGAGCCCCGGUACCGGGGACGAGGUCCUGCUGGGUCGCCUGGAGGGAGAAGCGCUGCAUCACUGUGCACAGAGGGACGAUCGGCAAAACUGCGCAGUUCUGGUCAUGCAAGAAGAUCAGACCCUGUGUUUCCGUGGGAAGUGCUUUCUGACGUGUCUCUAUGGUCGCGUAGAAGUGAUGGGAUUCACGAUUGAAGAGGGCCAGAAGUCGUACCCCCUCUUCUCCCCGGCCUCACACUGUCCCCUCACCGUCAGGGCCAUGGAAACCUCUGAUUACAGCAGGGAGGACCGAACCGAGGCUCUGCACGUCCUCCAGAAGUAUCUCCCAUCAGCAUCACGGAAGAAGCUGUUAAAGAAAAUCACAUCAACAUCCUCGGUCAUUCUACUGGAACCAAUAGAGUCGUCUCUGACUCGCUAUCUGUCCAGCUUUACCGACCUAAGUGAAUUGUUCAGCCCCACUGUGGGGGAGCUCAUGUCGGCUGUUCUGGACACUCCGCUCAACGGUUUGGGGGUGAUUCCCCUGGCCAGCGCCAUUGAAGGCCUGAAGAUAUCCAGGAGCUGCAGAGAGGCCUUCAACGCCGUGGUCAGCGCCUGCAGAGGAGACAUGGAUGGUUGUGCCGUCAUCCUCGUGUGCGGGACAAAGAAUGUGGGCAAGUCGACGUUUAUCCGUGUGCUCAUCAAUACCCUAUUGAAUCACACUGCCAGCGUGGACUACCUGGAAGGCGACCUGGGUCAGACAGAAUUCACUCCUGCCGGUUGUCUGUCUCUGUCGACUGUCAGAGAACCACUUUUGGGUCCUCCCUUCACACACCAGCACACUCCGGAGCACAUGAUCUACUACGGCCAGUCGUCCUGCGAGGCCGACCCGGACCGUUACCUGGAGUCUCUCAAGUCCCUGUGGCAUCGCCGGCCCCAAAUCAGAGAGACGCCCAUCGUCAUCAACACCAUGGGCUGGGUCAAAGGAUUUGGACUGCAGCUGCUGGUGGACAUGAUCCGCCUGCUCCCCGUCUCGCACGUCGUCCAGCUGGGUCACAGCGGCGUCACCCAGUGUCCCGCUCUCAGCCCGGAGUUCCUCAGGACGGCGCGGGGCUUCCAGACGCAUCCCCCGGCCCAGACGGCGCUGGACGAGUUCACGGAGAGUCACUGCCCCCCCAGAAACUACUCCCACCUCAUCGUGCAGUCAGAGUUUCAAGGUGUUGCACGGCAAGGGACAGCGAAGCACCAGCGCUCUAAUGAGCAGAGGGAGCUGACCCUGCUGGCCUACCUGAGUCAGCUGCAGGCACCUGAACCCGGGCCGGUCCGGCCUCUGCACAGCCUCACUCCAUACCAGGUGCCUUGUUCGGCCGUGGCGUUGGGCGUGAUCCACUGCGACGUGGUGCCGGGUCACAUGCUGUACGCUGCCAACGCCAGCCUGGUGGCUCUGUGCUGCGUGACGGAGAAGGUCCCGAGUAAAGGAGGCCCCCUGCUGCUGUCCCAGGCCCCCGUCUGCCCCUGCGUGGGCUUCGGUGUUGUUCGAGGUGUCGACACGGCCAGAGGCCUCUACUUCCUGCUGACUCCCGUCGACCCCGCCGUGCUCAGGAAGGUCAACUGCCUCCUCCUGGGAGAGAUUUCACUGCCUUCAUGCGUCCUCACAACACAGCCGGGCUUUGAAGGGGAGAUGCCCUACGUCACGGCGGACUACAGCUUCGAUCUGACCGGAGCAGGGAAGCUGCGGGUCUUCAAGGGGCUGUCGAGGCCCAGCCAAGCAGGAGGGCAGUGACGUCCGGACGCCACACAACUUCACUGCCCUUUCCAUCUCUCGUCUUAAUCAGACCGGCCAGCACCGGCCUGUGAAUGUGCAGAAAUGAGUUUGGACUCUGCAGGAAGAACUGGCUGCCCCUUUGCCCAGCUUCUUUUUUUUUUUUUUUAACAAACUUGAGGCUCUCGAAAUGUCUCCCAGCCUGUUACUGUACAAACAUUGGGGGGCCCUGGGGAAGAGUUUCUGUGUCUGACAUGGACAGCAGCGUCAUCCAGUACCUUGUAAUUAAAGCUUUUGUUUGAAGUCGCUUCUUUGUUGGUUACAUUCCAUAACUGUCAUAUUAAACCCACGACACCUUUGUUAA